AAUGAAAACUCCUUUGGUUCUAGAGUGACAUCACAAAGGGACUCUUCACGGAAUGCAUGGUGUGAUCUCUACACAGCACCCAACAGCAGAACUCCAACAGUCAAGACAAGUUGCAGCCUGUUAAACAUCAUAGAAGGCGAUUUAUAGCAGGAGUUUCAAACUCUUGACAAAAACAGCAGCACAGAGCCCUGUAGUGUCUCUGUCCAGACCAGGAGUAUGGAAAGGAAGGUCAAUACUGAUGGUUUUAGGCCACAGAAGAGGACGUGUGUCUUCAAAUCUGCCUUUGAACACAUGAGAGGCAGAAAAAGAAAAGUCUCUGCAAAUGAAGAAGACAUAAAAAAGAGGCAGAGAACUUCUGAGACUGCAGAGGACUUUGUCAGGCUAAAGAGGAAAGCCACUGAAAAUGAAGACAAACCAAAAGAGAGACAGAAGGUCUCCAAACUGAACCAGAGAGAAGAGGACACCACCUCAUCAUCACUGGAUGCUGCACUACCUCAGAUGAGGGACAACAACAACAUGUCCACCUCAGAAACCAGAAAGCUGGAGUUUGAGGCAAAGUACCAGCAGCUGAGCCCAUUGGGUGAAGGGGGCCAUGGAUCUGUCUAUGCUGGUUACAGGAGAGCAGAUCAUUUCCCUGUGGCAAUAAAACACAUUCCCAGGGACAAUAUCAUCUGUAAAGGCCUCACUCAGAACAGAAAGACAAUCUCUCUUGAGGUGGCAGUCAUGAAAAAGAUGGCAGGUGGAGCAGCAGGAUCAGUAAAGAAAUCUGCAGCCAUUUCUUUACUCGAUCACUACGAUCUGGAGCAGGAGCUGAUCCUGAUCCUGGAACGUCCAUUGCCAUCUAAUGACCUCUGCAAAUAUAUUGAGGUCAAAGGAGGGUCCCUGCAGGAGGAGGAGGCCAAACUGUUUUUAAAGCAACUUAUAGAAGCCGCCAUGGAGCUUCAAGCAAAAAAGGUUUUCCACAGGGACAUCAAGUUGGAAAACAUCUUGAUUGAAACUGGAAGUAAUGUCCCACAGUUGAGGCUAAUUGAUUUUGGUCUCAGCUGCUUCACAAAGAAGACCUCAUCCUAUAAGAUCUUCUUUGGUACUGAUGCCCACAUCCCACCAGAAUGGUACCAGUGCUACGUCUACAGGGCCGAUUCCACCACAGUGUGGCAGCUGGGAGUGGUCCUGUAUGACAUGCUGCACAGGAACACACGAUUUGAAACAACAAGGUUCCUGAGUGGUCAACUUGGCAUCAGCAAGGAGUUGUCUCAAAACUGCCAGCAAAUGUUGCGCCUGUGUCUGACUGUAGACCCACAGCAGCGGGCUUCUUUGGAGCAGCUCCAGCUUCACCCCUGGCUCGCAUAAGCAGCCCUUCACCUCCUGGACACCUACGCAAACCACUCUUCCCAUACCCACUACCUCUACCCUUCUUCCUAACCUUGUUCCCAUGUGAAGUACUUCACAAGACUAUAACAUUCAUUGUAAAUAGAAUGUAAAUAAAACAUUUAAUACACAUGUGUAA